AUGGACGUCAACACUUCCGCCUCCUCAAAGACGCGCAUUAUGUUCCAGAACCACGCCGCAUGGCUCACGGGUAACAAAGUUCACCCCCUCCAGGUGAAGCCAGCACCUUACACUAGUCCGCUCGAGGGCCAAAUUGUCAUCCGAAAUUACUCCACUGCCGUCAACAUCGUCGACGGGAGACUGCAGGAUCUCGGAACAUCUAUGAUGUACAAAUGGAUCGGAUAUCCUUGCAUCUUAGGAUCCGAUGUGGCAGGAGAAGUAGUCGAGGUUGGUCCGCAAGUGACACGUUUCAAAGUCGGAGACCGCGUCGUCGGCCAUGCUGUCGGCAAAGAUGAAAAGCGCAACAACAGUGCCGAAGGAGCCUUCCAACUCUAUGUCGUGCUUCUGGACCAUAUGUCAUCACCCAUUCCGGACCACAUGUCGUAUGAAAACGCCUGUGUGCUUCCAUUGGGUACUUCCACGGCUGCUUGUGGUCUGUUUGUACCAGAACAGCUUGGACUUCAGCUACCUUCCGUCAAUUCCAAGCCGAAGGGCGAAACCGUACUGAUUUGGGGAGGCUCUACUAGUGUGGGGAGCAGUGCUAUCCAACUUGCUGUGCGCGCAGGCUACGAAGUCUUUACAACGUCAUCUCCACACAAUUUCAAUUACGUGAGGAAGCUCGGCGCCGCAAAAGUCUUCAAUUACAAGAGCAAGACAGUCGUGGAUGACAUGGUGACCGCCCUCAAGGGGAAACAAGUGGCCGGUGCAAUUUCCAUGGCCCAUGAAGGAACUAAGCGAUGCAUGGAUAUACUGGCUCGUUGCGAUGGGAAAAGAUUCGUUUCCCUAGCCGCUUAUCCGGUUCCUGACAAGCUCUCGGCGCAUUUUCCAAUCUUGCAAACCAUGCUCUUGUACAUUACUGGAAAUUUGGUCUAUUGGUUCAAGUCCAAGACUAUGGGCGUUGACUACAACUUGAUUUUCGCAACAUCUUUGGUUGAGAAUGGAGUCGGCAAGGCUAUCUAUGGAGACUAUCUACCUCAGGCUCUGGAAGAUGGCAAAUUAUUGGCAUCGCCAGAGCCAGUUGUAGUAGGAAAUGGACUGGAAAGUAUUCAAGCCGCCUUAAAUUAUCAUAAGACUAAGGUAUCUGCCAAAAAGGUCGUUGUGUCUUUGAAAGACUGA